AUGAUGUAUUUUCCAGCCAUGUUUGUACGAGGGAACCGAUUUUUCAAGCAGUCUAGGAACACAAGAAGUGCUCAAUUCCCAGUUCUGUUUACAUUUCUGAUUCUGGUUGUGUUUGCACUGGUUCUUCUAUUCGGGAAAAAUGGCGAUAAAUCCACUUUUGUGGCCGAUCCUUUGAACCAAAAAUGGGAUAGCUACGACUCCAUUGUCCGAUUAAAUCCAAAGGUAGAACUCAGGAAUGGGACUGAUUUGGUGUCGCAAAUACCUGAUUCGCCUAAGGCCGUUCUCUUCUUGGCUCAUGGCUGUAGUGGUAAAGCCGUUAACUUCUGGGACAAAUCCCCCAGUUGCCCGAACUGUGUCGGUUUACCUGAAGAAAGGCUUAUCGUUCUUCAUGCACUGGCCAGAAAAUUCGCUGUGCUUGCUGUGUCGAGUAAAGAAAUAUGCUGGUCGCUUGGUGAUGAAAGGUUGAUCGUUAAGGAUAUAAUCAGGUGGUGGACUGCAAAACAAAAGCUCGAAAAACUGCCUUUAUUUGCAUUGGGUGCAUCCUCUGGUGGAUACUUCGUGUCCGUUCUUGCUACGGAGAUGAAGUUCAAAAGUAUUGCUUUAAUGAUUGCUGAAGGGGUUUACAGUCAUUUGGAGAUAACAAAAGAUUACCCCUCCACACUUUUUGUGCACAUGCCGAAAGAUGGAACUAGAAAAUGGAAGAUAGAAAAGUAUUUAGCAGUGAUGAGAGAAAAAGGGAUUGAUGUUGCUGAAGUUAAGUGCUCGGAAUUCCCCUUGAUGCCCCAUUUCUUCGCUAACAGAAUUCCAGGUGUCGAUUUCGCCUUGUCCGAGAAGUUGUUUGGUGUUUUUAAGGAAAAAGGGUUUCUUGACGAGAACGGCUACCUGAGAGAUGAUGGGCGUGCGAUACCGUGGCGAACGGCCAUUGAGGAGAGAAAUAUUCUUCUUCCGGAUAAAUCUCUGGUCAAUCAUAUUCAAGAGGAAAUGAAUCUUGCUUUUGCAUAUCAUGAGAUGACGAGCGUGCCAUCUGAGCAUAUCUUUUACUGGUUUGAGUCUCAUAUGAACUGA